UCGUUACGUACGUCGCGUCGGACGCAUUGCUGGAGAGAUAGAAAGCCGCCCGCCGUUGAACCGAAAAGAAAAAGCUAUUCGGCCGGUCCUCGGGGGUGGUGGGGGUGAGGUCGUAAUAGAUACGCGAGUGUGGUGACCGAUUAAAAUGUGCUCCGGGUAGGUUAGGUUGUUUUUUCUCUGCGGUGUCGCCCGUGUCGCAACGGUCGUCGAGGUUUUCGAAAAAAAAAAACAAAAAAAAAAAACAAAGCACACGCGGCGAAAUAUCGACGACGUACGUUGCAGGGCCAACUGAUUUUUCCGCUGUCGUGCUGCGCAAGUCCGUACGUGCGAGUUUUCGGUGGCGGAAAGGCGAUUCGUUGUGAAAAAAGUUAAAUUGUUGUAUCGAUAAUGUCCGUUGGAUGCUUCCGGUACGUACUUGUUUUGUGAUAGACCGAGUCCUGGCGAAAAUUGACGUUCCACCGACUUUUUCGUUAGUUAAUUUUACCGGUGUAAAUCUAGUCGUUUCUGCGGAAAUAAAUAAUCGCAUUUAAAUGUUCCGGUUCGUCGUCGUCGUUAAAAAUACUACCCCAUAAAACUAUCGAUGAGUGAGUGACCCGCCCUCUAGCGGACAAGCGAGACAUCGGUGGCAGUGGCGUAGUGUGGCAGUGGCUAGGGACGGCGUCCGGCAGGGGCGGGGCGCCGCUCUAGGUUGCGGAGCAGUGGCGUGUUGUGGCGAUGGGGAAGGGGGGCAGCAGCUAACGGCGGACAGUGGCGGCGGCGGCGGCGGAAGGCGGUUGGGCCGGCGUCUGUCCGCCGCUGCGGCACCGGUGAAACGCAGGUGCGGUCUGUGUUCGCUGGUCGCGAGGGCGUUCCGAAGGGCGGUGUGCGGGGCGGGCGGUAGCCGAAGAAGCAGCGGCGACUCGUAUCAAGAACUGCAGCCCGCGACAGCGGAAGACGACGAGCUGAGAGCCGGCGGCGAAACGUCAACAGCCGAAAAUGGUAUCGCCAUCGACUUUGACGGCGGCAAUGUCACCUAUAUUCCUGUCAAUGUGCCGGCGGAGAUCGCUUCGUUGCACCGAUCCCUCUCGAAAGAAGACUGGGUACUGCUGGACGCGAUGGGCACAUGCCCGACCCCACAAUGUUCCGGCAAAUUUCUCACCAUGCACAAAAGACGUCGCAAAAAACUCACCACCAGGUCUUUAUCGCAGGACCACGCUAUGCUUGAUGAUAUUCAUCACGGAAUGGUUCAGAAAAUCCUGGACCGUAGCAGCGCAUGGGCGUUCAACGCUUUCACGCUAGAGACCGUUGCCGGUGGACGAUCACUGCCGGUACUAUGCGUACACCUUUUCCAUUGGUACGGUCUGUUUGAUUACUUCCAGUUGGAUGUCGUGCGCGUAUGGAAACUAUUUACUCUUAUAGAGGAGGGUUAUCAUAGUACCAACCCCUAUCAUAACUCUAUCCACGCGACUGACGUAACUCAAGCAAUGCAUUGUUUUUUACAGGAGGAAAAGAUCAAGCAAUACAUCACGCCACUCGAAAUAAUGGCUUCACUCAUUGGUGCUGUCGCUCACGAUCUGGAUCAUCCUGGUGUUAAUCAACAUUUCUUAGUCACCACUUCGAAUCAUUUAGCUAUUUUAUAUCAAAAUAUGUCGGUAUUGGAGAACCACCAUUGGCGAUCUGCGGUGGGUUGUCUCUUGGAAAGCGGCGUAGCCGAUCAACUGAAGCCCUACCGUGCCGACCUCGAGCAGCAGAUCCGCGAUCUCAUCCUGGCGACCGACAUCACCAGACAGGAGGAGUUCCUCACGAAAUUCAGGAAUCACAUAGACCGGGGCACGUUGGACAUGAGGAAGAAGGAGAACCGGGUGUUUCUGCUGCAGAUCGCGUUGAAAUGUGCCGACAUAUCGAACCCGACGCGACCGUGGGACAUAUCACACAAGUGGUCCCUGAAGGUGUGCGAAGAGUUCUUCAGACAGGGCGAGUUCGAGAGGCAACUCAAUCUUCCCGUCACGUCGAUGUGCGAUCAACAGUUGACCUCCGUCGCCAAAAUCCAAGUCGCUCACGUUGUCGCAGGCUUCUUCCGGAGCAUAGUGACGCCGUUGUUCUGCGAGUGGCACCGCUUCAUGGACAGCACACUGUCGACCCACAUGAUGAAAAUCCUGGACUCCAACCGCAGGCGGUGGGAGGACAUGGAGAAAACGGAAAAACCGAAGGAUACGCAGGCCGAACUCUCGGAUGUCGAACCGGAAGCAAGUGAGGACGAGGAACCGCACACCAAACGCUCUUCCAACGGCAUCCACGACAUGAUAUCCCAGCUACCGAUCAGAGAACCGAGAAGACAAUCAUUAGCGGUACCGACUCUGGAAACUCUGGGCGUGCGCAGGCAUUCCGUGCCGAUACACAUAGACAUGCCAACGGCUCAGACGCAACCGCAUCAGCAGCAUCAACCCUCCCAACUGCCUCGGACUAUAUACAGACGCGAGAGCCUACCGGCGACUUCGUCGCUGAGGUCUGGUAGGUCGCCCGUCUCUCCCCAGACGGAAUCGCGAGCUUCCAGCGGUCUCCGCGAGGAGGACGAACUCCUUCGUUACGGUUCCCAAUCGUCAGUCGUGUCCAGCAGCGGCAGCCCGUAUCAUUCGUCAGAGGAGAAUCCGGAGCGGCCUUUGAGCGCGGAAAACCUCCUGCCCGAGCCAUCGAUAACAUCGAUGACGAACAACGCCGCUGUUAGUCGCUUGACGACCGUUCUGCAAAAUCUGGCCGCGCAGUCGCAGGCCGCCGCCUCCGGGAUGGCCCCCAAGUGCCUCACGAGGCAGCAGACGUUCCCGCCUCCGCAGCCCUACAUGCGCGUCAGGUACAUGUCGGCAACGGCGGAAAUGUCCACCUGCCCCGAGAUGGCCCACGAAGGUGAGAGCUACUCGAACUCGUCCCAGGGUUCCCACAGUAACAUAUCACACAGCGACAAGGCGCCCCUCCAAAGCUUUCCGAUACCAUCCAUAGCCGUGUUGAGUCCCAACAAUAGUCAGUGUUCGGAUUUGGUGUCCGAAAUGCAAAGGUCCCUGUCCUGUAACAACAACAAGAGAGAAACGGAGAGGGGGGACGCGGACAAAAUCACCAAGAUGGUCAAGUUGUCGGAGGGCGCUGCGGGACGCGAGAAGGAGAAUAUGGAUCCGAAAAGACUGCAAACCACCAUCAAUUUGGGGAGACGAAGGGGAUCGGCUCCCGUGUCCCUGUCGUUAGCGAAACCCGACGAGAAUCAGCCCUCUGCUGGCGGGGGGCCCACUUCGGCUGAGUUGCGACGCGGAUCAGUUCCCACGGAAGUGGCUCAUUAUCGUACCUUUGAUGACGACGGCGUAGAGUCGGGCCACGUCAUCAAUAUCACGCCCGUAGAAACGACUCGUACAUUUUGGCAGUACCAGAGGCGGGGCUCGGCCCCCGUCGAUUUGCCCCCUGCGGGGAGCGGCCCGAACCCUUACGAAUUUACACGCCACACCAGUCUCAACGGCAAGACGAGUCGGAGCCGGGGCAAAAAGCAACUACGCAGGCGUAGCAGCGGCGGUCCGGAAACUGUCUUAGACACGGGAUCGGACGUGGUGGCCCGUUUUUGUUCUUCUGCUCACCAUAGGAGGCCCGAUAAUCCCGACGCGCUGCUGGCUCGGCGCCGGGGUUCUUUGCCCAUCGAAGUCCUCACAGUCGGACAUUCAGUGUUUUGACGGUUACCUCUUGCGCCGCUGGGGCCGUCCAAUAUGCAAUAAGGACCAACACUCACCGACGACUGACAUCCAUCGUUUUUCACUUAGCUCAUUUUAUUUAUAUAACCAUUAAAAUUAAUAAUAAGGAUUAUAAUAAAGCCAAAAUAAUCAUAAAUGUGUAUCAAGUUGUCACUAUGAUUGUUAGAAGUUUUUAUGUGUUUCGAAGGUAUGUGGAGACUGCUUGUGUUUGAGUUAGGAGCGCGAGACUUUUUCUUCCAGUCGUUUCGUGUAAAACUUUUUUUUUAAGCAAAGCGGUGUGAAGCAUCUGCAACUGGAAAUUUCACUCGAGCUCCAAGAUUUAAAGCUCGUUGCAUAGUUUUGCAUCGAAAUGACUCCAAACUUCUUCCGAAUAAUCUCUAGACUAGGGUAUAAAUUGAAAACGUUAUUUAUUUAUUUCUGUUUGUUAUAUUUUUUCGGAAGCGUGUGCUUUUUUUACGGUGUGACGUUAUCUCAUAACAAAAUUCAUGUACCUAAGCGUAGUUUAAAUACUUUCCUUUGUUAAGUUUGUUUUUUGUGCAAUUAAAACGUUUUAGUCAUUGAAGAAAGACCAAAGUAUUGAAAUUUUAUAUAGUACCGUUUACUGGAUUAGCCCGUUACUGGCAACUUUGGUGACAGUGGUGUACGCAUAUUAGAAAGUUUUCAAACGGAAAAGCAGGGAAUUCUCUAUCGUUUGCACGUUACUUUUCUACCUGGUUUCUACUGACAUAAUUCUUAAAAUAUCGAUGUGUUACAUUUGUGUACGCCACUGGUUAAUAAGUGGCUGAGGCUAUGCUCUGCCGGAACAUACUGUUUUGAGGAACAAAAAUAUUUGUUUGACUGUAUAUCCCACUGAACAAUGUCAAAUAAAUU